GCACGCCACCUAGCUCUCCCCUCACUACCGCUGACGACCGUGAACGACCGUCUCGGGAUUGACCGGGCGCAACAUGCCUGUACUGGUGCGUCUCACUCACACUGAUAGCCCAAUGACAGCAGGUCGCGAAGACGACGCAUGGGAUGCGUCGAACGUCGCGCACAUCGCGCUAUUCGCCCGCCCUUCACUUGCACGCAACCUCCGCCUAUCGAGUCAGGCAAUCAUCCACGCCUGUCGAACGCGGCCACAAGCACACCGCACAAAGCAUAAGCAAUGUCCGAUCGUGGCAUGCAGCGAUCAGACUCAUCAAUCCGGACGGACAGCGCGACAUCGAUCUUUACCAGCUCAUUCCAUCGCUGCCGAAUCGCGAUCACGAAGAGCAACCACCCUGGCCUCCUAUGCCACACACCUCGAGCCUCUGCUCGACCGCCUGCAAGCCCUCCGUGUUACGGACCGGCCGCUUUGAUCAAACUAGUC